GAAAGAUCUGCCCUUCAAAUCCAAACUCUGUGAAGCCGAAGGCGCCUUUUGCGCAACUUGGGAGAGCUCCGCCUACGCUAAGGAAAGCGCCCGCCUUGCGAGGCGUCGUUCUAAGCCAGCCGCCGGGCGGCGCAUACUUAAACACUUACGAGAAUAGCCGCAGCUGGUGCCGGUUGCGUAAAGGGGAGGACCCGGCCUUCGGACUUUAGUCGUCCUGAGGGGAAAGUGAAAGGAAGCCGCAGCUCCAGCCUCUUCCGCUGCUGCCGAGACUGACGGAGAGUCCCUUCCUCGAUUACCGCCGCUGCCGCCGCUGCGUGAUGGCUGCUACCAGCACCACCGCUCUCCUCCGGGCUGCGGCCUCCUCCGGCUGCCGGCUUCUCUCGGCCUCCCGCGGGGUCAGAGGCGGCUGGGCUGCCGCUGCCAGCCUGGGCCCGUCGCGGCUGUUCCACGCCUCGGCCCGGGCGCCGCUCAGCUCAGAAGAUAAAGUUACUGUGCACUUUAUAAAUCGUGAUGGUGACAAGCUAACAGCCCAAGGGAAGGUUGGAGAUUCUCUUCUAGAUGUUGUGAUUGAUAACAACCUAGAUAUAGAUGGAUUUGGUGCAUGUGAAGGAACACUUGCCUGCUCCACUUGCCACUUAAUCUUUGAAGACAAUAUAUUUAAAAACCUAGAUGCAAUCACUGAUGAGGAAAUGGAUAUGCUGGACCUUGCCUAUGGAUUGACAGACAGAUCUCGACUGGGUUGUCAGAUCUGCCUGAAGAAGUCUAUGAACAAUAUGACUGUUCGAGUGCCUGAUGCUGUGGCUGAUGCCCGCCAGUCCAUGGAUAUGAGCAAUAACUCUUUAAAAUAAGGCCUUCAGGGUAUUUUUUGGGACAUAAAAUAUUUUUAUAACUUAUUUCUAAAUGUUUUAAUGAAUGAGAGAAUAUACACAAAUAUGCAUUUUUUGAUUAUAAAGAUUAGAUUGUAAAGAUUAACUUUAUCUGUUAGCCUUAGAGUUUUUGAAUCUAAAAUUAGAGACCGCUUAGAAAGACUAUGUUAGACACACAGGCUACAGUCCGAUACUCACUAAUCUAGGAGCAAGUUCCAUUUAAUUCAGUGUGACCUCUACACAGUGUAACUUCUACACAAAAAUGCAGAGGAUUUCACCAACUGUGCCGUUUUGUUCCUAGAGGAAUGCUUCCUUUUUAUUAGCAUUUACUGCUAAUAAUUCUCCCCUCUUUGUGGGGGAGAAUUCCAUAAAUGGGUGUUGCUAAUGAGAAGUUCCUCAUCCCCAGUUGUCUUCUGACUGCGGGAUUACCCAAAUGAGGACUUUGGCAUACGGGCCUUCCAGAUUUCUGGCCCCGUAACCUGUUUAUGAUUUCUUCUAGAAUAGCAUAUUACAUGAAAUAACACAUCUUAUGAGAACACAUUUACCAAGGUAAUUUCCAGUAUGCACCAGGGCAUAAAAGAACAAAUCAAGAAAUGAAAUAAGCCAAGGGAGAUGAUAAUAAUUACUGUCUUCCUCCACUGGUCCAUGAGGACUGUACAGUUGCAUAAUGAAAAAGAGCCACAUUUAUCCUGCUCUGCCUCUUUUGUCUCCUUUAAGGCAUCUUGUACUCCAGUGGCACAGAAUAAAUGCAUAAACAAUACGACUUAAAAUGCUCUAGAGUUGGUGUUUUUGUUGCAGAGAAGAUUUUCAUGCACACGUUGGUUUUUCCAACAUGAGCCACAAUGAUUUACACAGAAACAUUAUACUCUGCAUACUGUAGGAUGCAAUCUUUUAUCCUAAAGCAACUUGCCACAAUAUCAAAUGAAUGUGAUUGUGAAGUGGCAAACACAGUAAGCUUUAGAUUGGUCAAGAGCAUUUCUGUGGUGGCAUUUCAAUGCAAAGUUUACCUGUGCUUCCUUUGAAAAGAAAAUGUUUCUUGAAUUAAUCCUAGGUAGCUAGGCAGAAAGAGACCAAUGUUUCUUUCCAGUCCUGUAAUUAUCCUAUAAAUGUUGGUGAUGGACUACUCGGAGAUGUAUGUAUUUCUCAGUUUUAAUAAUCUGAAAAUAAAUUCUUUUUCUAUUA